CACCCAAAACUUGAAUCCAUCCAUACUCUCUCCUCCGCUCCCAAUCAAUUCCCAAACACCAUUAUUAUUAUUUUUUUUUCUCUUUUCUUUUCUUUGAUGUUAACUGAAAGAAAUAUUCUUGAAAACUACUCUUCUCUAUUUGCUUCCGCAACUAAGAGAUCAAAGUUCCCUGUAUGUAUAUAAGCCUAUCUUCGAUUCUUUGAUCACUCUUCCAAGCAUGAAUCAAAGCCAAAGAUUAUCAUGAGUACUUGCAUUGAAAUGGCUUUCUUCCCCACCAAUUUCAUGCUCCAAACUCCCCAUGAAGAUGACCAUCAACCCUCCACUUCUCUCAACCCCCUCCUCCCCUCUUGCACUCCUCAAGAUUUCCAUGGAGUGGCAUCAUUUCUAGGGAAGAGAUCUAUGUCAUUUUCGGGGGUGGAGACGGGGAAUUGCGAAGAAGGUGGGCAUGGUGGAGAGGAUGAUCUGUCAGAUGAUGGGUCACAGGCAGGGGAGAAGAAGAGGAGAUUGAACAUGGAGCAAGUGAAGACUCUUGAGAAGAACUUUGAGCUGGGAAACAAGCUUGAGCCUGAGAGGAAAAUGCAGCUAGCCAGGGCUCUUGGGCUGCAGCCUAGGCAGAUUGCCAUUUGGUUUCAGAAUAGGAGGGCUAGGUGGAAAACUAAGCAGUUGGAGAAAGAUUAUGAGGUUCUUAAGAGACAGUUUGAUGCCAUCAAAUCUGAAAAUGAUGCCCUCCAAGCCCAGAACCAGAAGCUUCAUGCAGAGAUAAUGGCACUGAAGAACAGCAGGGAUCAUCAGCCCACAGAGUCCAUAAACCUGAACAAAGAAACAGAAGGAUCAUGCAGCAAUAGAAGUGAGAACAGCUCAGAGAUCAAGCUGGACAUCUCAAGAACAACAGCAACAGCCAUUGAUAGCCACCCUCCAUUAACUGGCAAUGGCAGCAGAUCUCUCUUCCCACCCAACACUAUGAGGCCAGCUGGGAUGCCCCACCACCUCUUUCACAGUAACCCAUCUUCUUCCUCAAGGCCCCCUUCUUCUUCCUCAGAUCUCCACCCUCAAUCUGUCAAAGAAGAAACCCUAUCCACCAUGUUCUGUGGCAUUGAUGACCAGUCCGGGUUCUGGCCAUGGUUGGAGCAACAGCAUUUCAAUUAAGACCCAGUGAUCAUAUUGUUAUUGUUAUUAUUAUUUUUGCUUCUUUUAUUUUCUUGGGUUUGAGUGCAAUUUCAUAUAAGAUUUGGGUCUUAAUUAGUUUAUGAUGAUGAGAGUUCUUUGUUGAUCAAGGUGCAGUGCAUGGUGUAUAAAUUAAAGUAGCAAACUUAAGAAGUAUUACUUUUUUU